AUGGUCUGUAGUCCUGAAUUGAAUGUUUAUUUGCUCCUCCAGCACAAGGACGCUAUUGUCCCGUACUUGUUGGGUUUGCUGAAGCGAUUACCCAGGGUGCAAUGGAUCGAGGAGAGCUCAGAGAGAAAAGGACGAGAAACGCUUCCCGUUGCGGAGAACUUCUCCUUCUGUUUGGUGACCAUGCUCUCAGACGUUGCUCAGAUGGACGAGUCCAUGCGAAUCCAGAUUUUGGAGGCUGUGAUUAACCUCAUGCAGGUGCUACAGGAAACUUGUCAGAACAUCGAAGGCCAAGAUAAAGAAUACCUGUGUAAAUACACAGUGCCCUGUCUGCUCGGCGUGGUGCGAGCGUUUGGCCGCUACUGCAACACAGAGGAGCCGCUGCUGUCUAAACUCUUCCCACGGGUCAGUCCUCAGCCCUUGGGCGCAGGAGACGGGGCGGAAGUGACCCGACGACGAUCCUUUAAUGAUUUCCGCUCCAUUCUACCCAGCUCGCUCCUCACCAUCUGCCAGAGUGACACUUUACGCAGUAAAACCAGCAGCGUUUCCAGCAUCUCACAACAGGUCAGUCCAGAACAUGCCGGACUUCCUCCCAGUUCUCCUGCUGACCCUUCUGCUCCUUAUUUUGAAGCUGGCUCGUAUCUGCCGGAUGGCAGCGCUGUGGACCCCGACUACUACUUCUCCACCAUAAGCUCCAGUUUCUCCGUCUCGCCGCUCUUCACGGGCAGCAACAGUAAAGGGUUUGAUGUACCGCUGGAUUUAUUGAGGCAGCUUGUGCAAAUGGUCGAGCAGUUUGUGUCAGAAUCCUUUAUGAAGACACUGGAUCAGACUAUGGUUGAAGUUCUGGAGGUCAAUGCAUCAGUUAAUCUGUUCUACAAGACAUUCAGUGAUCCGCUGUAUGUGGCCAUCUUUAAAAUGCUGAGGGACACUUUAUACUACAUGAAAGACCUGCAGGUGUCGUUCGUGAAGGAGGUUCAUGACUUUGUUCUGGAGCAGUUCAGCAGCAGUCAGUCUGAGCUGCAGAGGAUCCUGCAUGACGUGGAGUAUCUGCACAGCGAGCUGAACCUGCUCAAACUGCGCUGCCAGGCCAACGCUGCCUGCGUGGACCUCAUGGUGUGGGCCGUCACAGAGGAGCAGGGUGCGGAAAACCUCUGCACAAAACUGUCCGAGAAGCUGCAGUCCAAGACGUCCAGUAAGGUCAUCAUCGCUCACAUGCCUCUGCUCAUCUGCUGCUUACAGGGUCUCGGACGGUUGUGUGAGCGUUUCCCUGUGGUGGCUCAUUCAGUCACCAUGUCUUUAAGAGAUUUCCUAGUGGUACCUUCACCUGUACUAGUGAAGCUCUACAAAUACCACAGUCAGUACACCACAGGAACAGGAGAGAUCAAGAUCCACGUGACCAAUGAACAUUCCCAGUCCACCUUUAGUUCUCACCCCAGUAUGAAGACCCAGCCAUCCAUGUAUGAGCAGCUCCGAGACAUUUCCAUCGACAAUAUAUGCAGGUGUUUAAACGCAGGGUUGUCCAUGGACUCAGUCAUCGUUGAGGCUUUUCUAGCCAGUCUUUCCAACCGUCUUUACAUCUCGCAGGAAAAUGACAAGGACGCCCACCUCAUCCCUGAUCACACCAUACGAGCAUUAGGGCACAUCGCCGUGGCUCUGAGAGACACUCCCCGCGUGAUGGAGCCCAUUCUACAGAUCCUGCAGCAGAAGUUCUGCCAGCCGCCGUCUCAGCUCGACGUCCUCAUCAUAGAUCAGCUGGGCUGUAUGGUCAUCACAGGAAACCAAUACAUUUAUCAGGAAGUCUGGAACUUGUUCCAGCAGAUUAGUGUGAAGGCCAGCUCGAUGGUUUACUCCACCAAAGACUACAAGGAUCAUGGAUACAGACACUGUUCUCUGGCCGUGAUCAACGCUCUGGCCAACAUCGCAGCAAACCUGCAGACAGAGCAGAUGGUGGAUGAGCUGCUGGUGAAUCUGCUGGAGCUGUUUGUGCAGCUGGGGCUGGAGGGGAAACGAGCCAGCGAAAGAGCCAGUGAGAAGGGCCCGGCCCUCAAGGCGUCCAGCAGCGCUGGUAAUUUAGGAGUUCUCAUUCCUGUCAUUGCUGUGCUGACCAAACGUUUGCCGCCCAUAAAAGAGGCCAAACCGAGACUGCAGAAGCUGUUCAGAGAUUUCUGGCUGUAUUCGGUUGUGAUGGGCUUCACUGUUGAGGGCUCAGGUUUGUGGCCGGAGGAGUGGUAUGAGGGAGUGUGUGAGAUCGCAACCAAAUCCCCCCUGCUGAUGUUCCCAAGCGGAGAACCGCUGCGCUCAGAACUGCAGUAUAACUCUGCCCUGAAGAACGAUACGGUCACUUCGGCUGAGCUGAAUGAUUUGAGAGGCACCAUAAUUAACCUGCUGGAUCCUCCGCCGGAGGUCGCUGCGCUCAUCAAUAAACUGGAGUUUGCCUUGUCCACCUACCUGCUGUCCGUUUACCGACUGGAAUACAUGAGGGUGUUACGCUCACUGGAUUCUGAUCGGUUUCAAGUGAUGUUUCAAUAUUUUGAGGACCGAGCGAUCCAGAAGGAUAAAUCAGGAAUGAUGCAGUGUGUCAUUGUGGUGGGUGACAAGGUCUUUGAUGUAUUUCUUCAGAUGAUGGCUGACAAGGAAAAGACUAAAGCUCAUGAGGAGGAGUUAGAAAACCAUGCUCAGUUCCUGUUGGUCAACUUCAACCACAUUCACAAGAGAAUCCGCAGAGUGGCGGACAAAUAUCUGUCAGGACUCGCUGAGACUUUUCCGCACUUGUUGUGGAGCGGUCGUGUCCUGAGGACCAUGCUGGAUAUAUUACAGACCCUGUCUCUUUCUCUCAGCGCUGACAUCCACGCUGAGCUGAAUGAUUUGAGAGGCACCAUAAUUAACCUGCUGGAUCCUCCGCCGGAGGUCGCUGCGCUCAUCAAUAAACUGGAGUUUGCCUUGUCCACCUACCUGCUGUCCGUUUACCGACUGGAAUACAUGAGGGUGUUACGCUCACUGGAUUCUGAUCGGUUUCAAGUGAUGUUUCAAUAUUUUGAGGACCGAGCGAUCCAGAAGGAUAAAUCAGUGCCGGAUACAUACGAGGCCAGAGAGAGCAUAGUGAAAGACUUCGCUGCCCGCUGUGGAGAAAUCUUAAAAGAGGCCAUGAAAUGGGCGCCAUCGGUCACCAAAUCUCACCUACAGGAAUACCUGAAUAAGCAUCAGAACUGGGUGUCGGGUCUGUCUCAGCACACGGGUCUGGCGAUGGCCACUGAAAGCAUCCUGCACUUUGCUGGAUACAACCGUCAGAGCACCAGUCUGGGUACCACUCAGCUCACAGAGAGACCAGCGUGUGUAAAGAAAGACUACUCCAACUUCAUGGCCUCCCUCAACCUGAGAAACCGCUAUGCUGGAGAGGUGGCAGGGAUGAUCCAUUUCUCUGAGGCCACGCGGAGCACGUCAGAUCUGAAUAAGCUGAUGAUUCGGCAGAUGAAUGAAGCUCUGGACGAAGGCCAGCCGGAAGCCUUCACUGAAGCCAUGUUCAAAAUGGCUGCGCUGUUGAUCAGCUCCAAAGAAUGGGACCCUCAGCUGCUGCAUCAACUGUGCUGGUCUCCAUUAAAGAUGUUCACUGAGAAUGGCAUGGAAACGGCUAUUGCCUGCUGGGAAUGGCUCCUGGCUGCAAGGACAGGCGUUGAAGUCCCGUUAAUGCGGGAGAUGGCAGGUGCAUGGCAGAUGACCGUCGAGCUGAAGAUGGGGCUGUUCUCCGACGCCCAGGUGGAGGCGGAUCCUCUGGCGGCCUCAGAGGAAAGCCAGCCCGUCCCCUGCCCGCCCGACGUCACGCCCCACUACACCUGGAUUGAGGUUACUUCCUGUUACCCUGUUUAUCUGUCCAAGCUUAUGGGCAUUUUCAUAGCUGUACCAGAGGGGAGAAUAAAAUUCUGCAAAAUCCUUCGCUUAACAAAGUUUCCUCUCACAGACAACCAGGAUCCGUCCCUGAACAGUUUGUCAGUGAUGAACGCCACCGACCUGAGGAACAACAUGGACAUGACCAUGGGUUCCCGUCAGCAGAGCACUCAGGGCUGGAUUAACACCUACCCCCUGUCCAGCGGGAUGUCCACCACCUCCAAGAAAUCAGGCAUGUCCAAAAAGAGCAACAGAGGCACCCAGUUGCACAAGUACUACACGAAGCGCAGGACGUUACUCUUGGCCUUACUGGCCAGUGAGAUCGAGCGACUGACCACUUGGUACAACCCGCUAUCAACGCAGGAGCUGGCCAUCGCCACAGAGCAGUCGGUAGAGACCAGCAUCUCUAACUGGAGAUCCAAAUACAUCAACCUGAGUGAGAAACAGUGGAAGGACAACGUCAACUUGGCCUGGAGUAUCGCUCCGUAUCUGGCCAUGCAGCUUCCGGCAAGGUUCAAAAAUGCAGAUGGCAUUGUUGCUGAAGUGACCCGUCUGGUUCGACUGGAUCCUGGUGCUGUCAGCGAUGUGCCGGAGGCAGUGAAGUUCCUGGUGACGUGGCACACCAUUGAUGCUGAUUCUCCAGAGCUGAGCCACAUCCUGUGCUGGGCUCCUGCAGAUCCUCCCACCGGCCUCUCGUACUUCUCCAGCAUGUACCCUCCUCAUCCACUCACCGCUCAGUAUGGAGUCAAAGUCCUGCGCUCCUUCCCUCCUGAUGCCAUUUUGUUUUACAUUCCUCAAAUCGUUCAAGCGCUGCGGUAUGACAAGAUGGGUUAUGUGCGCGAGUACAUCCUGUGGGCCGCACAGAAGUCCCAGCUCCUCGCUCAUCAGUUCAUAUGGAACAUGAAGACCAACAUCUAUCUGGACGAGGAGGGCCAUCAGAAAGAUCCGGACAUCGGUGAGCUUCUGGAGCAGAUGGUGGAGGACAUCACACACUCUCUGUCAGGCCCCGCUAAAGACUUCUACCAGCGCGAGUUUGACUUCUUCAACAAGAUCACCAACGUCUCCGCCAUUAUCAAGCCUGUUCCUAAAGGAGAUGAGAGGAAGAGAGCGUGUCUGAAGGCGCUGUCAGAAAUCAAAGUUCAGCCAGGAUGCUAUUUGCCAAGCAAUCCAGAAGCGAUCGUCCUCGAUAUCGACUAUAAGUCAGGAACACCCAUGCAGAGCGCUGCCAAAGCACCUUAUCUGGCGAAAUUCAAAGUGAAGAGGUGUGGAGUCAGUGAGCUUGAAAAAGAGGGACUGCGCUGCCCGUCAGACUCUCAGGAGGAAGGUGAGGAGAAUUCAGAGAUGGCUCAAAAGGUCUGCUGGCAGGCGGCCAUCUUUAAAGUGGGCGAUGAUUGCAGACAGGACAUGCUCGCCCUCCAGAUCAUCGGUCUCUUCAAGAACAUCUUCCAGCUGGUGGGUUUGGACCUGUUUGUGUUCCCGUACCGGGUGGUGGCCACCGCUCCUGGAUGUGGCGUGAUUGAAUGUAUUCCGGACUGUAAGUCGCGCGAUCAGCUCGGCCGGCAGACUGACAUUGGCAUGUACGAAUACUUCAGGAACCAGUACGGGGACGAGUCCACGCUGGCCUUCCAGAAGGCUCGUUAUAACUUCAUCCGCAGUAUGGCUGCAUACAGUCUGCUGCUCUUCCUGUUACAAAUCAAAGACCGACACAACGGCAACAUCAUGCUGGACAGCAAAGGCCAUCUCAUCCACAUCGACUUCGGCUUCAUGUUUGAGAGUUCUCCGGGGGGUAAUCUGGGCUGGGAGCCCGACAUCAAGCUGACCGACGAGAUGGUGAUGAUCAUGGGCGGCAAGAUGGAGGCCACUCCCUUUAAAUGGUUCAUGGAGAUGUGUGUGCGCGGAUACCUGGCUGUAAGGCCAUACAUGGAUGCUGUGGUAUCACUGGUGACUUUGAUGCUCGACACGGGGCUGCCGUGCUUCAGAGGACAGACGAUCAAACUCCUGAAGCAAAGGUUCAACCCCAACAUGAGUGAGAAGGAAGCCGCGGCCUUCAUGAUUAAAGUCAUCGAGCGCUGCUUCCUCAGUAGCAGGAGCAAAACCUACGACAUACUGCAGUUCUACCAGAACCAGAUCCCAUACUGAGACCGGACCGACGUCUCUUCACCGGCCUCCGGUUGAGAUCAGUAGUCAUUAUCAGUCUAUUACAAUCCUUUAUGACGAGCACUUUAUAGAUCAGAAUAAACCGCCCGCUCCAGGCGUGUCACUUCCUGUCCGGCUGCCUCGGGGCCUCUCUAGUGAUCCGCUGUACUCCAAAAGCUGCAUGUUUGUCCUCUGAUCUCCCUUUAAGGCAUCUGCCGUGACGGUUCGUGUGUGAAUUUUGACAUUCCAUGCGCAGAAAUACAUCCUUUAACUCUACUUGAAUCUCUGGGUUUAGGCGCGUCACCCAGGAAGCCAUUUCUAAGACUAUGGCACAGAGUGCACUGUAGAUUACAUGCCGUCAGCAAAUGACUUGUCUUAUGCAAUACAUCAGUGUUUGUACGUUGUAUCUCGUCUGAACGUCCUGUUCGCCACUGAAGGGGUGAAUCUCACGAAAGCUGUGAAGUAUGAGAAUUAUAGAUUUGCAAGAAAAUUGUUUAUUUUUAGGAUGAUUCGAUAUUUUGUGCAUAGCACAUUUUUAAACGUGAUUUCUUGUUAUUUGAAGCUUAAAUGUCACUAAAUAUUUAUACAUCAUGGUGGUAUUUGUUGUACUGCCUUUAUUUAGUUGAUAGUUGUUUACUAUAAUACAAAAAAAAUGACUGUAUAGCAAAGAAAUAGUAUCUGAAUGCAUUACAGUAAAACAGCUUGCUUGGCUGGAAUAAUGUUAAUAAUACAAAUAAAAAUAAUGCAACAUUUUUAAACAAAAUCUCCCAUUAAUGUAAUGCAAAAUGUCACUAAUUAACAUUUAUCCAUCAUGGUGGUAUUUGUUGUACUGCUUGUAAGUUUUGUUUAUUUUAAUGAAGAAAAUUUCCAGCAUUUUUACUUUAAUUCAACAAAAAUUGCUGUGUUACACAGAAAGUAAUGUGAAAAAAUAGUACAAUGUCAAUGCAUUACAGUACUGAGAAUUGUGGGGAAAAAAUGGUUGCUUGCAAAUAAUACAAAUUUAAAAAUAAUG